UGUGGCCGCCACGCCACAUGACAUCUAGCCACUUCCUGCAUAGCUGAAGGGUGGGACAGGCGGAAGCACGGUCCUACGGUGCUACAAUUUUUCUAUCGCUGAGCAGUUGGACUGAUAUUAAUCGCGCAACAUGCCGGCGUAUCACUCGAGCCUGAUGGUCCCCGAAGUCAGGCUGGUGGGGAAUAUGGCUUUGCUUCCCCUCAAAACCCAAUUCAAGGGACCAGCAAGAGGAGACGGGGUAGAGUCAGACAUCAUUGAUGAGGCUAUUUACUACUUCAAGGCCAAUGUUUUCUUUAAGAACUACGAAAUCAAGAAUGAGGCCGACAGGACGCUGAUCUAUGUCACACUGUACAUUUCUGAAUGCCUAAAGAGGCUACAGAAGUGCAGCUCCAGGAGCCAGGGAGAGAAGGAGAUGUACACUCUCGGCAUCACAAACUUUCCCAUUCCUGGAGAGCCUGGCUUCCCUCUCAAUGCUAUGUAUCUUAAACCUACAAACAAGCAGGAGGAAGAGAAUAUGAGGGCAUACCUCCAGCAGAUCCGCCAGGAGACCGGCUUGAGACUAUGUGACCGCGUGUUUGACCCCCAGACUGACAAACCCAGCAAGUGGUGGGUGUGCUUUGUCAAGCGGCAGUUCAUGAACAAAAGUCUGUCAGCUCCUGGACAGUGAACAACUCAGGACCCAGUUUCUAUUCUACACCUGCAGGAUGGCUGGUUGGAUUUUUCUUUGGGUGGGGAGGGGUCUGCUUUUGUGUUGCUAAAAUGAUUUUAUACUCUUUCAGUUUAAAGGAUAUGUCUUCUCUUGUCUGGAUGUUGAUCAUAUUGAGCUGGUGCUUAAUUCAAUAAAGCAAUUGUGAAGAUUGGAAAA